UUAUUAAAGACGACACGUUUAGUAUAAAAGGAUAACGAUAUUUUUCGAUGGUCAGACUGUUCUUGGACUCCGAAGCGGUACCUAUAAAAUGAAAUUCCUAGUUACUUUUGCACUGGCCGUGGCCUGCGUUCACGCUGAUGUGGCCCACUUAAGAAAUUCUGAAGUCGAUGCUCAAGUACUGAGGUCCGAUGCCGAUGUGCAACCUGACAGAUACAGCUACGUCUAUGAAACCAGCAACGGUAUCUCGGGUCAAGAAUCUGGUGUUCUAAAGAACGUAGGCAAGGACGAGGCUGCUUUGGAAGUCAAGGGUAGCAAUCAAUAUACCAGCCCUGAAGGCCAACAGAUCCAAAUCACUUACACCGCUGACGAAAACGGCUACCAACCACAGGGUUCUCAUCUGCCUACGCCCCCACCGCCACAAGCGAUCCCGGAUUACAUCCUACGUUCCCUGGAAUAUAUAGCAGCCCACCCGCCUAGGCCCGAAAACUAAUUUUAAGGCGUAUUCGAACGAUCCUUCACCAAACUCUUGAACGACGAUCAUCGCUGCCUACUAAAUAAAUUAUGUUAUUGGUUUGA